AAAAAAAAAGCCGCGAGGAGCGCGUGGGAAGAAGCCACGUUUCAUUUUGAAGGCAAUUUCACAGUAUCCGUCGCCUCUCUUCACCUGGACCGUCACGAACCGCUGUUGCACCGCCACCUCACACUCGGACGGCGCCGCUGUCACUUUUCUUCAAUUACCGCGCGGGACUCAGGUGUUUGCCGCACGCGUGGCUGGCAGCUCGCGCCCCGGUCCAUAGUGCUGAAAGAAACCGGAGCGGCACGAGCGCCCGCGCUGCACAGGAGAAAGCAAAACGUGUGCGGGGUAAAAGAGAAGAAACACACAAAAAAGCGAGUCUGUGUCGGCGCCGAGCCACGUUGUAACGAAGAAGGGAAUACCAACGGGAAGUUGUUCCCGUUUACGCUACAGGUUGCGCGAGCCUCCAAGCCGCUUCCACUCCCGGUGUGGGUGGUUUGUUGUCAUUUUGGACUAACGGCCGUUUCCCAACCAGAGACAGAAGCUGUCGCAUUGCAACAGGCGAAGCAGCAGCAGCGAAUUUGUGGAGGAGGAACCGACUUCGUCCGCCUGCAUGGUUAGCUGAAAACACGGAACGGAGCAAAAACAAUUCGAGAAUAAAAAAAAUAAAGCUGUUCGAGACCAGAGAUGUCGAGACGGAAACAAGCCAAACCGCGCUCUGUUAAAGCGGUAGAAGAAGGGGAGUCUUCAGAGUGUGGAGGGACCUGGGAUGAAUCAACCAUCCAGACAGAUGUCCCGGCGGCUGACAGAGAAGCAGAGCCCAAAGACGGUCAUGGGGUGGGCGCUGAGGACGGAGAACAAGAGGAGCACGACGACCGAGACCAUGAUGAUGACCUAGAUGACGAGUCCAUCUUCACCUGUGACAACUGUCAACAUGACUUUGACUGUCUGGCUGAACUCACGGAACACAGAACCCACCACUGCCCAGCAGAUGGGGAUGAUGACCCUGCAGGGCUGUCCUGGGUGCCUUCCUCGCCUUCCAGCAAGGAUGUGGCAUCGCCCUCGCAGAUGCCCGACGGCUGCUGCGACCUCGGCAUGGCCACUGGCGGCGAGGAGGAAGGAGGCGCCGGCCUGCCGUACCCCUGCCAGUUCUGUGACAAGUCCUUCAGCCGGCUGAGCUACCUGAAGCGCCAUGAGCAGAUCCACAGCGACAAGCUGCCUUUCAAGUGCACCUUCUGCAGCCGUCUGUUUAAACACAAGAGGAGCAGAGACCGCCAUGUCAAACUCCACACAGGAGAUAAGAAGUAUAGUUGUCAGGAGUGUGAAGCUGCAUUCUCCCGCUCUGAUCACCUAAAGAUCCAUCUGAAGACACACAGCUCGAGCAAACCGUUUAAGUGCAGUGUGUGUAAGCGUGGCUUCUCCUCCACCUCAUCACUGCAGAGCCACAUGCAGGCUCACCGCAAGAACCGAGAGCACCUUGCACUGAGGAGUGAGAGGGAUGGAGGGAAGAAGGGAGCAGGAGGCGAUGUUGACCUGGAGCAGGACCUGUAUAUGUGCGAUUACUGCGAGGAGACGUUCAGCCAGACGGACGAGCUAGAGAAACACGUCUUGACCAGACACCCCCAGCUGUCUGACCGAGCCGACUUGCAAUGCAUCCACUGUCCUGAGAUCUUCUUAGAUGAGGCUUCUCUCCUCACACAUAUUGAAACACAGCAUGCCAACCGCAAACACAAAUGUCCUGUCUGUUCCGAGCAGUUCCCAUCUGUGGAGGAUGUCUACUGCCACUUAGAUAGCCAUCGUCAGCCGGACUCCUCCAAUCACAGCGCUGCCAGUCCCGACCCUCCACUAGGCAGUGUGGCCUCAAUGAGCUCGGCCACUCCAGACUCUAGUGCCAGCCUGGAGAGGGGCUCCACGCCGGACUCUACCCUAAAGCCCAGCCAGGGCAUCGAACGAGUCCGCAGAAGAGGCCCAGACACUGGGGAAGAGAUUGGGAUAAGCCUGGGUCAUCAAGGUGGAGGGGGAGGAGGGAGCUGGGGUAAACUGACGUACUCUUGCCCUUACUGCUCGAAGAGAGACUUCCACAGCCUGGCGGUGUUGGAGAUCCAUUUGAAGACUAUCCAUGCAGAUAAGCCGCAGCAGAGUCAUACAUGUCAUCUCUGCCUGGACACUCUGCCCACGCUCUACAACCUCAACGAACAUGUGCGCAAAGCUCACCGUGCCAGCGGAGGAACUAAAGGCACAGCAGCUUUUCCCCUGCUGCAGUUCACUAAUGUCACAGCGUUCCACUGUAACUACUGCCCAGACAUGUUCGGAGACAUCAACUCUUUGCAAGAACACAUCCGAGUGUCGCACUGCCUGCCUGGUGGGAUUGUGGCGGGAUCCACCACGCUAGAAGGGAACCAUGCCUUCUUCUGCAACCAGUGCUCCAUGGGAUUCUUGACGGAGUCUUCGUUGACAGAACACAUCCAGCAGACGCACUGCACCUCCGUCGCAGGGGGGGGAGCUGCUUCUGGAGGAGCGGUGACCAAACUGGAGUCUCCUGUACUACAGUCUGCAUCGCAGUCCUUCAUGGAGGUUUACUCGUGCCCUUACUGCACCAAUUCUCCUAUCUUCGGCUCACUCCUCAAGCUCACCAAGCACAUAAAGGAGAACCACAAGAACAUCCCUUUGGCUAACAACAAACGGCAGGCAAAGGUUGCAGACCUAAGCCCCGCCUCCUCUGACAUAGAGAUCUCCUCCCCAAAACGCCACAGACUGGGAGGGGACUCCACCCCGUCCAUGGGGAGCAACGGGGACUACCCGUGCAACCAGUGUGACCUGCGGUUCUCCAGCUUCGAGGGCUUCCAGGCCCACUUAAAGUCCCACCUGGAGAUGCUGCUGCGACGCCAGUCCUGCCCCCAGUGCAACAAGGAGGACUUUGAAUCCCAGGAGGCGUUGCUUCAACACCUGACGGUGCACUACACCACCACGUCGACCCAGUAUGUGUGUGAGAGCUGCGAUAAGCAGUUCUCCUCCGUAGAUGACCUGCAGAAACACCUGCUCGACAUGCACACAUUUGUCCUGUAUCACUGCACUCUCUGCCAGGAGGUCUUUGACUCCAAGGUCUCCAUACAGGUGCAUUUGGCGGUGAAGCACAGCAAUGAGAAGAAGCUGUUUCGCUGCACAGCCUGUGCCUGGGACUUCAGGAAGGAGUCAGAUCUUCAGAUCCAUGUGAAGCAUAACCACCUGGGCCAGAGGUCGGGCCUCGCAGCAGGAAACAUAAUUAGAAAGCAUGGCGUCUCCUACCACUUCUACGCGGACGACUCUCAAAUAUAUCUUCCCCUCAAAAGAGGACUCAAGCCCCGGAAGUGCAUCUUCUGCGGAGAGACGUUUGGAUCAGAGGUGGAGCUCCAAUGCCACAUCACCACACACAGCAAGAAGUUCACGUGUCGCUUCUGCGGCAAAGCUUUCCAAGCCAUGUCACUGCUGGAGAGACACCUUAGGGAGAAGCACUGCCUCUUUGAUGGUGGCAACAUUACCGGCAACGGAGGUGGUACGGGGAGCGGUGGCAGUCAAAACGGGACGCCCAACGGGCUGGCACAGUCCUCCAAGCGAGGAGGAGGCAGUGGUAGCAGUGGAGGUGCAGCAGGCGCCGAAAGGGCAACGGUGGCGGCCGCUGAACAGGCUGAUCUGCAGAACAUGUUGCUGAAGAGUGCCGCUGUGGGAGGAGCUGGCCAGGGAGGAGACACGGCCAACAGCCAUGAGGCCAGCGGGGGGGAGGAGGAGCUGGACAAUUCAGAGCCCAUGUAUGCCUGUGAUAUCUGCGGCGCGGCCUACACCAUGGAGUCGCUUCUACAGAACCACCGGCUGCGUGACCACAACAUCCGACCGGGAGAAGAUGACGCUGGUUCUCGAAAGAAGAAGGCAGACUUCAUCAAGGGGAACCACAAGUGCAAUGUGUGCUCCAGAACAUUCUUCUCUGAGAACGGGCUUCGUGAGCACGCUCAGACGCAUCGCGGCCCCGCCAAACACUACAUGUGUCCAAUAUGUGGCGAGCGUUUCCCCUCUCUGCUAACCCUCACUGAACACAAGGUGACCCACAGUAAGAGCCUGGACACAGGUACCUGUCGAAUCUGUAAGAUGCCCCUGCAGAGUGAGGAGGAGUUUAUAGAGCAUUGCCAGAUGCACCCCGACCUCCGCAACUCCCUCACCGGCUUCCGCUGCGUGGUCUGCAUGCAGACAGUCACCUCCACCCUGGAGUUGAAGAUCCACGGCACCUUCCACAUGCAGAAGCUCUCCACUGGUUCUGCACUUGGAGGCACUGGAGGAGGAGGUGGGAAUGGAGGAAUAGGCGGAGGGAAUGGUUCAGCCUCUUCAUCCCCUAACGGGCAGCUGCAGCAGCACAAGUUGUAUAAAUGCGCCUUCUGCCUAAAAGAGUUCAAGAACAAAGGCGAGCUGGUGAAGCUGGAUGUUAACGGUCUGCCUUAUGGCCUCUGUGCCGGCUGCAUGAGUAGGGGUACGAACGGCCAGAGCCCCAACCAGGGAGGAGCUGCCACGCCUGGGGACACGCAGGGAGAGAAGGCCAUGGUCGGGCUGAGGUGUCCGGAGUGUGGAGUGAAGUUUGAAAGCGUGGAGGACUUAGAGAGUCACGUCCAGACAGAUCACCCUGAGGUCAGCCCUGAAACCAGUGCGGCAGGAAAGAAGGCCGAGGCUUCACCUGCACCCAAGAAAAAGACCUACCAGUGUAUUAAAUGCCAAAUGACGUUUGAGACGGAAAGGGAGAUUCAGAUUCAUGUCGCUAAUCACAUGAUCGAAGAGCCCACCUGUCGGCCAGAGGAGGGCAUCAAUCACGAAUGCAAGCUGUGUAACCAGAUGUUUGAUUCACCUGCCAAGCUGCUUUGCCACCUGAUAGAGCACAGCUUCGAAGGCAUGGGAGGUACCUUCAAGUGUCCCGUCUGCUUCACAGUGUUUGUGCAGGCCAACAAGCUCCAGCAGCACAUUUUUGCUGUCCAUGGCCAGGAAGACAAGAUCUACGACUGUUCCCAGUGUCCGCAGAAGUUCUUCUUUCAGACAGAACUACAGAACCACACACUGAGUCAGCACGCGCAGUGAGACCGCGGCCCGGCAGGAUCUCUCGGCUCAGCCGGGGCCCCCGACCCGGAGCCGGCAGGGGACUCCCAUCUCCACAUCACAGCCAAUCAAAGUGUCAUUUGCUACUCACAUGUAAAACUCUAACGAUCGCGCCACUGGGCGCGGCUAUUAGGAGCAGCGGGGGAAAGGAAUAUUAAUGGGAUAUGCUAUUAAAUAAAGAAAAGGGAAAAAAGUGGGUGAGAGAAACGGUAAGAGCUAGAUGAAGGAAAGAGAGUAAGAGUAAAACAAAAAAAAAAAAAAGGUAUUGUACGUGCAGUAUUUUUUAUUGUCCCUGUCAACCCCCCGACCCCCCUCCCCCCACCGGCUUCUUCCUCCUCCCCUUCUCCUUUCCUCUCCUCCCAACCAUCACCCUCCAGGUCAGGCAUUUUAUUUUAUUUUUUAACAAAUAGAAAAAGGAAAAAAAAGACCCUUUGUUAUGGGAUUUUUUUUUUUAUAGAUUGUAGGAAAAAAACUUCACUUCCUCGCCCCCCUCCGUUGCUUAUUGUAUUUAUCUUCAUAAGUGCCAAUUUCUUUGAUUUUUUUUUUCUUUCUGCCAUAUGCUCUUCUUUUCUUUGUUUUCAUUUUCGUACCUUUCAUUUCUCGCCGUAAGUAGGUACUUGUGCUGUGUUGUGAUUGUUUGUUUGCCAGUCGUAAUAUUCCUGAGUCCCCCCCCCCGCCCCAACUCUCCUUUUUAUGAUUAUUGUUAUAUAUUUUUUUCCUUUUUGUAAUUACUAUCAAAAAAAAGACAUCAACCUAAAUAAAGUGCAGAAAACCAUACAGAUGUUUCUUUUUUUUUUUUUUUUUUGGAUUGGGUUUUCCAGUCUCUAUGGGGCCUAUAAUGGUUAUUGUAAAAAUGAAUAUCAUCGAUUUCAGUGCGUCUGGUCAAUGACUGCUUUUUAAAUGUGAAUUAACCAGAUUGCAAUAAUCUAGUACAGACAAAAAAAGAUAAAACAAAUAAAUAAAUGACAAAUAAAGA